AUGGCAUUAAAACUCUACAAGGCUCCUGUGAGCGGCACCCUCACUCAACGACUUCGAAGAAUGCAAAACGCCGAACGGAUUGCUGCCGCACGUACAAGAUUUCUAGGUCUGCAAUUGGCUCGUCGUGAUAUUGAGAACCAACAACUGUCUCGCGAUCAAGAGGUCAUUGAACAUCUGAUGGAGAACCCAUACGAGCCCGAAUCAGGUACCAGUGGCAAUCACACAAGCCCCGACACACUGGAUGACGAGUGGUUAACGUUAGUUGCGCCCCUUGAUGAAGACGACGACCUUGAUCGAGCGAUCGAAGCAGACAAGGAGCGUUGGCGACAGGAAGCCCAGCAAUUCAACUGGACAAGCGUUAUGGACCAACUGUUUGCGGUGUACAUCGACCUGAAGGGCCGCACAAAGAACUGGUCUGGUCAAAAUGCGUAUACUCCUUUUGUUAGAUGCAACUGUCUUCCACAAGAAAAGAGAAGUCGCUUUGUGGACAUGGUGGAUAUAUUCAGCCAGCAUCGAAUUAAGAAUUGCUUGCGCGGACCUGAGAUAUUUUUAGCUACUGAAGAAGAAGUGAACGAUCUUUUGGCUUCCAUCUUAGAGCUUUCAGAAAAUCUGCGGGAGGAGCUGAAUGAAUUAACAGGUGAACAGGACAUGCGUGGUGUGAUGAAUGAUGAAGAAUCAAAACUUCUUUUGCUCCUCUGGAGCGCCAAAGCAGACCUGUUCGUACAGGCAGUACACAUCCAAGCCGAAAAGCGCCCUCUUCUUGAAUCAAAAUCGAUCGGUGCACGUUUGGGUACAAAGCUCAAGGAGAAAAUAUACAAAGCCCUACAGGCGCGCCGACCAGCGGUCAAGAAGUACAUCGAUGCCUUCAAUUGA